AUGUAGAAGGCAACUCAUUAUUCAUAUUCUUAAUCAUGUUGGAUUGUAUUUUAUCCAUAUGCUAUAAUUACUGCAUUAUGGUAAUUAUUAAUAAUAUAUUUAGGAUACCAUUAACUCUCUUUGUAGAAUUAUACAUUAAGGAUGUAUUGAUAGUAACACUUAUCGUUGAUUUGAUUGCAACUUCGAUUGUAUUUAUCCAAUCUUAUAGAUAUAAGUAAAUAUAAUCAUAAAUAUUAGUAAUACAUCAAUUUAUGAUUUCUAUUGGUAAAUCCCAGGAUUUUAUUUGAUUAUUUAUUGGGUAUUUAGAACACCAUAUUAACCAAAUAUAUGGUUGAUUAUUGUCCCAUUUGCAUAUUUCAUUAGACAUAAUUAUAACUUUUUAUCAUUUUGGCCAGGAUUGACAUAUGAAGAUUUUAGGUAUCCAGUAUUUAGAAAGAAAUUAAAUAAUGAAUUUAUAUAUUGGAUUUUUAGUUAUUUUGGAUUACAUAUAGGACCCACAUUAAUGGUCUAUUUUGGUUUAUAUCCUACAUAUUAUGCCUUAUUCGAUAGUGAUCAAGAAUAUAAUGAAUAUGUCUUUUAUUUUGGAGUCCUGUUUGCAUUUUCAGCCUUAACAAUUGAGACUAUUGCUGAUUUAUAAUUAUUUCCAUGGAGAUCUAAAAAAACAUAAGAAUUUAUUGAUGAAGGAUUAUGGAAAUAUUCAAGACAUCCAAAUUAUUUUGGUGAAUGUAUGUUUUGGUGGGGAUUAUUUAUUAUGACAUUAUCUUUUGGUUAUUAAUAUUGGUUUACAAUAAUUGGAGCAGUUAUAAUGCAAUCUCUAUUUCUAUUUUAUUCAAUUCCAGAAAUGGAAAAACAUAUUCUUAGAAAGAGACCAAAAUAUUAUAUUUAAUAAAAAAGAGUGAGUGUUUUUAUACCUUGGUUUAGAAAUGAGAAUGUUAAAUGA